CCAAUUCGUUGCUCUUCGCGAAACCGCCAAUCCUGGGUGUUGUAAGCGGUCACUAAUGUACAUUAAGGUGUCAUAAAACCCCGGAUAGAUCCAAGGAAAUAAACAAAAUCCCCAACUUUCAUCAGCCCCCUACAAGCUCGUUGCUGUUUUCUUCACAAAGCGAACACUAUGGCCGCCCCUGUGAAAGUCGGUAUUGUCUCCAUUGGGGAGAUGGGCUUUGGCAUCGCAAAUUUGCUCAGCGCCCAUGGAUACACCGUUAUGACCAAUAUUACGGGUAGAAGCGACUACACUUACAAUCGCGCCCGCACAGCAAAUAUCCGAUUACUCGACAGCGACGAAGAGCUUGUCAAACAGGUAGACUAUCUCUUCUCGAUCGUCCCCCCACGCGAUGCCCUCGCUACAGCACAACGGUUCAUGUCAGUCAAGCAAGCUCGCAAGAGUCCGUUGUAUUACGUCGACCUGAACGCUAUCAGCCCUAGACUUGCACGUCACAUUGCUGCGGAGUUCAAGCAGAACGUACCGGGUAUCAAAUUCGUUGAUGGUGGUAUUAUCGGCGGGCCUCCGCGCUUGAAGCAGUCAAGCUCCAAUGAGAAACAGGCUUCUGAACCCGAAGGGGACAUCGCUGCUACCUGGGCGCGGCCUGCGAUUCCGAUCUCUGGUCCAGACGGACUGGCCAACGAACGUCUAGCGAAGGUGCUGAACACGAUAUCCCUGGGUGCGGAUAUUGGGGCUGCAAGUGGGCUCAAAUGCUGCUAUGGAUCGCUGAUCAAGGGUCUUCUUGCACUGUCUAUCCAAUCUUUUAGCACGGCAUAUUCCAUGGGCGUGUAUUCGGAAUUGCAUCAGCUUCUUGAAGCCUUUCAACCGAGGUUGCGGAACAGUAUUACAAAGAUGAUUGUUGAGACUCCACCCAAGGCAGGUCGGUGGGUGGAUGAAAUGGUGGAAAUUGGACGGUGCUUUGGGGAGGAAGGUGGGUGGGAUAAUGCUGGGGGGACUCAAGGCGCGGAUGUUUACCAGCGGGUGGCCGAGGUCUACAGAGCAGUAGCAGAGCAAACAGUGUUGGGAAAGGAGAGACAGGAGCACCGAGUAAGAGGAACCACGGCGGACGAUCUCGCUGCUGCUGUUAGGGAGGGAUUAGCAGAGAAGAAAUAGGCGAAAGGUGUAUCUCCCUUGAGCGGCCGUUAGCCAUAUGCUUGAGUAUCAGUUCCUGACUCUGCUGAAUGUUUAU